AUGUGCGAUUCGUCUCCAACUAAACGCCGAAAGACCAGAGGCCGUUUCGCCAUGAAAUCAAAAACAGUAUCAUGGCCUCCAGGCGAGCUUCCCGUCGAGAUUUUCAACCUGAUCAUCACCUAUCUCCCGCGAUCGAAUGUCCAGAAUAUGCGACUCGUCAACAAGGAGUUUGAGACAAAGGUGUCCCAGUAUCUGUUCAGGGUAGUGGUUGUGCCUUUCCGGCCCGAGAUAUAUGGUAUAUCCCCAGAGCCAGCUCCUACUGGUUCACAAGAUGCUCGGGCAAUGCGGGGCUCGGUCAUGUUGCAGGACAAGGGGAUGAAAGUUUUCAAGGGAUUCGGGAGCAGGAUUAGCAAGUUCGCCAUGUCGUUUGAAUUUGACGAGAACAAGUUGGCGAAUCCCCCGGUCAAGAGUGACCAAGAAGCCAUCACUUCCUUUUGGGGAAUCUAUCGCUGGCCCUUCAAGAAGUACAACAGGUACACCCAACUCGAGGGACUCGAGCAGACGGCGGAUGAGACGAGUACUAUGACAGAGGCAUUACGAUUUGUGACAUGCGCCAAGGUGCUUGGGUUAUCUAUCGAUGGCGGCUUAGGCUGGCUGGCUGGCCCCGAUGUCAAUCAGAAGGUUGCCGAGCGCGGCGCCAAAGCUACUGUGUUUGGUGAGUCAAGGUUCGUGCCAGAGCCGAAGCCUAGGGCGCCGGCGAAGGGAGGGAAGAUGCCUAUAUCGAGCUGCCCAGACUCCUCUCCUGGCAAUAAAGAUGGCCAUUAUUCCUCCUUUGAGCGAAUGCUCCGAGAAGCAGGAUAUCACGGGGAAUCUCUCGAGCCAUCCGUCCGGUUGCUGCUUGAAACGGAGGAGCUCCCGAGAGAUUCGACAAGUGGCCAACUACUUGGCGGUUCGUCCAGCAGCACCCUCAGCUGGGGAGGGUUGAGGCGUUCCAAUCAUCCACAGACAGUCAUCGAGGGCAAUUCCCUUACGUUAGCAUCGUACCAAUCAGAUGACGAUGACAAUGAAAUUCAGCCCGCGCUUGCUGCUAACGGAGACAGCAAGAGCAAACCCGAAAGCUACUCGCUCAAGCCGAAUGAUCUUACCAAUGCUCAAAGGGAGAUGUUGCUUGAGAUCGAGUGGGCUCAGCGUGCCUUUAUGCAAUCCUAUGUAAUUGCAGUCAUUGACAAUAGGCUGACCUUCCAGAACAUCGAGGCGCUCACAAUUGCACGUCUUCCAAACCGACAUUUACCAAUUCUCCGUCGCUCGGACUUCUGGGAUAGUCUUCCUCAACUCACAUCUCUUUCAUUGGCCAUCAUCCCUGAUUGGCGAGAUGUAGUCAAGCUGCCAACAAGCUGGGUUCAGGAUAUCAGGGUUGCGCCGUCGCAGUCGGUAUCUGGAGUCUAUCAGUUGCUCGAGGAUCAUAUUUCACAUCGAAAAAACAUUACGACUCUGCAUUUCGAAUGGCUUUGUGGUGGAGAGGAAGCGCCUGGCCUGUUCGCACGAAAUCAGCACAUUCUGGCUGCGCCAUUGGUUUUCAAAGCCAUGGUCAAUAGGGUCCGGCCACCUCAGGUGUUGUCGCUCCCCUACGUGGAACACCUGUCUCUCAAAAACUGUUGGAUCAGCCCCCACAUCAUGACCAGAUUUGGCUUGUCAUUCAGAAAGCUCGCCCUACAAAGCCUCACCUUGCAAUCCGUGUCCUUAACCGCGUCCCUUCCUGGGAAUGCACAACCUAACCCACUUGCUGGAAACGGUGUGAAUCCACAGAAUGCUCAGCAAGCAGUCAACCAGGCUGCUGCAAACAACCUUCUCGUGAACUUUCAAGGCUUAGCUGCGUUUGCAGGACAGGUCGCCCCAGCUCCACCAGCACCACAGGCCCCAAUAGCUAGCCCCCAUGAUCAAGUUCCUGCUUGGCUCGAGGAUCCUCGGAUUGACUCAUGGGCCCAUAUAAUCAACACCUUGACGCCCGGCAGUACUCUGGCUGAUAUGAGAUAUGCUCGAGGCCAUGGUGAAAAGCCGCAAACUCGGAAUCGAGGCAAUAUUACCACCCUCCAUUUCGAGUCUUGUGGAUACGUUCGUCUUCCGCUCGACUUUGAUCAAACCGUGCUCGACCCUCCCGAUGUUCCUGACCCCCAAGUUAACGCGAUUGCAAAAAGAAUCAGUGAUUUUGAUUCUUUCAUGAUGAAGUCAAACGACCAUGCCUUGGGCGUCAUCGUCAAUCAUAUCAGUGCGCUUGAAACGGAGACUCUCGAGGAAGCAUUUAAUAUGACAGUUGGCUGGGACGAAUCGCGGUCUCUCCUGGCUGUCGAAGCUCUGGCUGAUGGCAUAUCACAUCCAGGUAAAGGUAGAUUCAAUGGGACCAUCGAGGUGCCUCGUACAUCACCAGAAUCUUAUAGAGCGAAUCCAUGA